AUGGCCGCACGGCUGGCCCAGAGUGCGGUGCAAAGGAGUGGCCGCUGGCUGCUGCCAUGCCCUCGUGCCGCGGCUCUUGUCUGGACCAGAGGGGCGGGAGGGACCUCUUCCCCCUCGGUGGCCCUGUCCGUCUCCCAGGACAAACCUCGAACAGCUGAGGACCUCCCACACGUCUCCUUCCUGGAGCUGCUGUACAGAAUGGUGUUUCAGGGAUACUACAACCGUCUGCAUGAGCUACAGGUUUAUGAGAAGCAGCUAUAUGGGCCCAUAUACAGAGGAGGACUUAAAUCAGUGUCGCUGAACAGUGUGAAGCUGCUGGAGGAGAUCCUGAGGAAGGAUGAGAAGUUCCCCAGCCGAGGAGACAUGUCCCUGUGGACGGAGUAUCGUGAUAUGAAGGGACUCGGCUACGGACCGUUCACAGAGGAGGGCGAAAGGUGGUACAACCUGAGAGCCAUGCUGAACAAGCGCAUGCUGCAUCCCAAAGACUCUGUCCAGUACGGGGGUGUGAUCAACGAGGUGGUUACAGACCUGCUCAAGAGGAUCUACUAUCUACGCCAAAACAGUCCUACAGGAGAUUUGGUCACCAACGUGUCCAAUGAGUUGUAUCGAUUCUCCCUUGAGGGAAUCUCCUCCAUCUUGUUUGAGUCAAGGAUUGGCUGUCUGGAAAAGGAGAUCCCUGCAGGGACGCAGGACUUCAUCGACUCCAUAGCCCAGAUGUUCUCCAACAGCAUGGCUGUGAUGGUGAUGCCCAAGUGGACCCGCAACCUCCUGCCCUACUGGGGGCGCUAUAUUGCAGGCUGGGAGGGCAUCUUCAAAUUUGCUGGGAAGCUGAUUGACAAGAAGAUGGAGGCCAUCCAGCAGCGCGUGGACAAGAACCAGGAAGUGGAGGGCGAAUACCUGACAUAUCUCCUCUCAAACACUCAGAUGACCAGUAAGGAGGUGUAUGGCAGCAUUGCUGAGCUUUUAUUAGCAGGAGUGGACACGACAUCCAAUACCCUGAUGUGGGCGAUGUACUUGCUGUCCAGGUACCCUGAAGCACAAGACACUCUUUAUAAAGAAGUGUCCAGAUGUGUGCCAGCUGACCAAAUCCCCUCCGCUCAAGAGGUCAUGCAGAUGCCGUAUCUAAAGGCUGUCAUCAAGGAAGCUCUGAGGAUGUACCCCGUUGUUCCUAUGAAUGCAAGGAUCAUUACAGAAAAGGAUGUUGUUAUUGGUGGAUAUCAUUUUCCAAAGAAGACUGUUUUCACGCUUUGUCACUAUGCCAUCAGUCAUGAUGAGAAAACAUUCCCAGAACCAUGGAAGUUUAAGCCAGAGAGAUGGCUCCGUGAUGGCCGGGAGAGGCCAAACCCCUUUGGCUCCAUCCCAUUUGGGUUUGGGGUUAGAGGCUGUGUUGGUCGCCGGAUUGCGGAGCUCGAGAUGUAUCUGUCUCUGUCUCGGAUAAUCAGGCUGUUUGAAAUCAAGCCAGACCCCACAAUAGGAGAGGUGAAAUGCCUCAAUCGUACUGUUCUAGUAGCAGACCGACAAGUAAACCUUCACUUCCUGGACAGAGGACAUACCACUGCCACCUGAUUCGUUUUUCUAGAUUUGUCUCAAUGCAAAUGUUGCACAUAAAAAGCUAUUUUUCUACAUUUGUGUGUACGAGGGGCUGAAAGAGUGAGACAGAGGCAGUGGGAGUUAAAUCUUUGCUGUAACACAAUAUGCAUGUGUGUGUAUCAUCUGCGCAUGAAGUUCACACCCACAGCGCAUAUAUCUAUCUAAAAAUAAUCAUGAUGAUGAUGAACACCAUCUGAGGUUAAAUGCCAUUCAAUAUUGUAAAGGAAUAGUUUCGAUGGAACUGUGUUGACUAAUUGUGAAACAAACUCCAGUGCAGUUUUUUUUUUUUUUUUGUUCUGACGUGAUGGUGAGAGGGGAAUGACUGGGUUUUCAUUUUAGAAUGAGCUAAGGCACAGAGGAUCAAGUCUGUGAAACUACUGAAAUCCUGUUAACCAAACACCUCACACAGACCUUUAAAAGUAAAAAAAAUUCUUGCACUGUUAGUAAUUUUGUGAGACAAUGCUUCAUUUCUUCCCCCUCAAAUCUCACUUCGGAAUAAAAGUCUUUCCAUAGGCA